GCAGCUACCGUUUUAAAACAACAUGUGAAGACAAAUCAAUCACGCCUGAUGUCAUUGUAUAUCGAUGAGGAUUUCACUGAGAACAAACGUACCGACAACGUUCUUGAUUUAAAGAAUUUGAAGAGUUUGAAGUAUUUACAUCUUAGCACGUCAAGCUUUAAAGAUGUCAUUGGUUUGAAUUUGAGUCAUUUAGUAGAAUGCAGUAUAGAGUUUUUAACUCCCCAACUAGCUCCCAACCUCACAUCUACAUUCUACAACUAUGAUAUUGAGUGCAUGCAAGCGUUGAAAAAACUUGUUUUGAAAAAUCUGACGGACAUCCACUGGCUGCAUAAAGAUUCAGAACGAAAAGGAAUUCAAAAGUUAUUUAAGUUGAAGGUUUUGAGACGGCCACAUAGAGGUUCAGAACAAAAAGGAAUUCUUGAUUUACGACGCCUUGGAAACCUUAAACAUCUUACCGAAGUUGGAUUGGGUGGACUAUCUUACUCAGAUGUGGUGAAUCUACCAGCGUUUAGACUACACAGCCUAAAAAUAGAAUUAAAUGAACUACAGCAAGCACCCCAGUUGAUGUCAACGUUAUCAACGCAUGGAACAUGCCAGAAUGAGCGGGAAGGACUUUUCUCUCAUCUGAAGGACUUAUCCCUGGGAAAGAUUCGCAUGUCAGAGGAACAGUUCAGACGAUUAUCGCUGUCUUUCAUUCAAGCGGGAGGCACGUCAUUGAAGUUGUGGGAUUGUUCCAUAGAACCGGAAGAUGAUGUACCGCAGCCUCAGAAUGAAUGCGAGCAGCAGGUAGUAUCAUCUGAGUGUACAACAUGCAUUUCUCUUGGGUUUGUUACCAUCACAGUAGAGGGGUUUAUUCGACUUAUUGACUACGUGACCAGAUGCGGUCAUUCCGUGGACUGUGACUUGUACUUCUUCACCCUGGAAUCAAACCCUGCUGUUGAACAACCAGUCUUAACGAUGUUGGGUCCACAGCCUAUCUCAGCUGAUUAUACCACGGAGUUGAAACUAUCUUGUAUUGAGAUGUCAACAGAACAAAUGUGUCAAAUCAUCGGUAGGAUUAAUCAACUCAACCAUUCAGUAACAUUAAAAUUGGAGAGGUGUACCGAAAUAUCCGACGAGUACAAUCCGCUGAGGAAUCAGAUGGUGCCUCCUCCAAACACGUCACUAAACUAUACCAAACAUAUUACGAUCGAAGGCAUGAAGAUAUCGGAAACAUUGUGUUUGUAUGUUGCUUCCAGUGCAAUUUAUUAUGGAUACACGUGUGAGAUAUCAUAUUGUGAUAUACUGACCAGUGAAGUGCCGCAUGCAGACAAUCUUCACUUUCCCCAGAUGGCUGCCAUCCACUCACCUGCUCAUACAGCAAAACUCACCUUUUAUGUCGCAUCAAUACCACAACACGUAGUUGAGCGUCUCGCCUGCCGAGCGAAAAUUUCUCAACAUUUGGUUGAGUGUGUGUUAGACAAGUGUUAUGUAUGGCCUCAUUCGGAAGUCUGGUCAUUGAAGGAAAAGAUUGAGGAAGACCCUGCCAUUCAGAUCGAGAAAUUCAAGUUUGAACCAAACAACGGCGAGCCCGACUGGUACGACAUUAGCAGGCCCAAAAGUUAUAAAGCGGACCAAACAUGGGACAUCCGUUUUAAAGCAACCGCAAAGAAGUCUGCACUCGCAGAGUCCACUGCAAAGAAUGCCGAAGUCACGGAAUGGACACGCAUGUAGAACGGACGUCGAAAUGUUUGACAACGUGAGAUCAUCAUGGAGAGUUCAUUCAUGCUAAGUGUUAUUAGAACGUUUUACACAAUUUGUGCCUGCAUUUUGGAGAUUUAGAGUUUAAUAAGGCAAAGUGUAACAAAAGAUUUGGCAUAAUUGUUGCCUGCAAUGGGGAUACUAGAGUACACUCAUGCAAAAUGUAACAAACGAUUUGGCAUAACUGUUGCCUGCAAUGGGGAUACUAGAGUACACUCAUGCAAAGUGUAACAAAAGAAUUGGCAUAAUUGUUGCCUGCAAUGGGGAUACUAGAGUACACUCAUGCAAAGUGUAACAAAAGAAUUGGCAUAAUUGUUGCCUGCAAUGGGGAUACUAGAGUACACUCAUGCAAAGUGUAACAAAAGAAUUGGCAUAAUUGUUGCCUGCAAUGGGGAUACUAGAGUACACUCAUGCAAAGUGUAGCAAAAGAUUUGGCAUAAUUGUUGCCUGCAAUGGGGAUACUAGAGUACACUCAUGCAAAAUGUAACAAACGAUUUGGCAUAACUGUUGCCUGCAAUGGGGAUACUAGAGUACACUCAUGCAAAGUGUAACAAAAGAAUUGGCAUAAUUGUUGCCUGCAAUGGGGAUACUAGAGUACACUCAUGCAAAGUGUAACAAAAGAAUUGGCAUAAUUGUUGCCUGCAAUGGGGAUACUAGAGUACACUCAUGCAAAGUGUAACAAAAGAAUUGGCAUAAUUGUUGCCUGCAAUGGGGAUACUAGAGUACACUCAUGCAAAGUGUAACAAAAGAAUUGGCAUAAUUGUUGCCUGCAAUGGGGAUACUAGAGUACAUUCAUGCAAAGUGUAGCAAAAGAUUUGGCAUAAUUGUUGCCUGCAAUGGGGAUACUAGAGUACACUCAUGCAAAGUGUAACAAAAGAUUUGGCAUAAUUGUUGCCUGCAAUGGGGAUACUAGAGUACACUCAUGCAAAGUGUAACAAAAGAUUUGGCAGCAAUUGGGGAUACUAGAGUACACUCAUGCAAAGUGCAAGAAAAACAAUGUACACAAUUUGUGAAACUGAAAAGUAUUUGGAAUUGCUUUUGUAGAUACUUUAAUUACAAAUUCAUUUUAGCAUAUAUUUCUGUAAAUACUCUCGUCAUUUGAUAGUUUUUUUCACAAGGUAUAGACUUGUCCCUUUAUUUGAAGCAUAUGUAUCGUUUUUUUAAAAGAACGUUUGAAACGCUAAGUUUCUUGUUGAUAGAAUGAUGCAAAUAUGUGUUAUAAAUUAUAACAACUCAGGCACCCCCCCCCCCCCUCUUUAUCAAUAGUUGUCUUUUCCAUUUGGUCCCCUUCAUCAGAGUUAUCUUUUCUAGUUGGCCCCUUUUCAAAAUUAUCCGUUCAUUUAGCACCCCCCCCCCUUCAUCAAGAGGCAUCUUUUCCCUAUGCCCCCCCCCCCCCAUUUCAAGAGUGCAAUUGUCCAUUUGUCAAGAGUAAAACGUUCAGUGGAACAGCCAUACAUUUGACUUAGUUAUUUUAUAAAUGAAUCGCUCUGAUGUAACAAAGAAGUCAUUUGCCAUAUUUGUUUCUGAUAUUGAUAUGUUUAUUUAAGUAAUUGACUGUAAGAUGUAUGUGUAUAAUUGAUUUGGUAUUAACCAUAAUGCUUGUAAAAGUAUGUUUGUCGUUUUCAAGGUAUUAUGUAAAAUACAUAUCUUUAGUUAUUGAUAUGAUUUUAACGUGUUUAUUGUGAAUUGGUUGACCUUCUACAUGAACAACAGAAUAACCAAUUAACAAUGUAUGGGUUUUUGGAUAUCCACGUUGGUAUACACCAUUGGUUUCAAUAACAUCCCGAGGCUGACAUGGGCCAUUUAUAAAAAUACAAAGCUUUCAGAAAGAGAAAUGAGUAAUCAAACGAUUGAAAUACCUCUCCUAACUUCAUUCGGAUAGCAUAAAAUAAAAUAGUGUGCUUUAAGAUUACUAAUACAGUAUGUAACAUUGGAGGAAAAGAAAAGCAAAAGCGUGUACAUGUAUAACAUACUGUCUGUUAAAUACCCUUUGCCAUGAUUCAUUUUUUCUCUUUUAUUUAUGCAUUCAUGAACAUUGUUUCAAUAUCCUUUAUCAAUCAGAAUCUAUGUAUACAGAAAUAAUUGUGUCAAUAUGUUCCUAUUUAUAAGUUCUGAACAUAAUAAAUGAUAGUUUCAUGUUUGCUUUGUACUUUUUGUAAAUAUGUUUUAGUUAUAUAUAGUUCGUACUUCUGUACACCUUUGUGUUAAAUCUAUUACUUACAAGAAUUUUAACCAUAUAUUUCUAAUUUCUAUCAAUUGUAGUAUUCCUUUGUAAGUAAAUAAUAGUAAUAAGAACCGGUACGUGAAAUGAAAGAUCAUUGUAUGAUUAUUUUUUUAGCUUUGAAUAACCUGUGAAAAUCUUGUUUGUGUACAUAAAUGAAUUCAUGACGAAAACUGAAAGAAAUCAAUAUGUACACGUUUCAUUGAAAUUUACUUAUUAAGAAUAUCUCUGUAUAUACAUUAACCUUUGUUAUUCAUAUCAGUUGUAGUAUGCUCAUGUAAAUAAGUACAUUGUUCAUUCAUUCAACAUAUUAGACGGUACAUGUAUGUUCUGAUCAUUGUAUGAUGUUUUGUAUUUUGCUUUGUAUAACUUAUGAACAUAGUUAUUGGAUGAGUUAUUGUUUUGUUAAAGGGAAAGACGCAUUAACAAAUGAAGUUGACGGUACAAGGACGUGUGUUAAAUCUUUUUGCUUUUCCAUUGUAAUGAGUUUAGUGUUGAUGUAUUGAAAAUAGUGAACGUCACAUGGAAGAAGGUUAAUGGUGUCUGUAAUUCAUUGACAUAUUGUCAGUUGAUUACUAUAUUGUUCAAUUAUUGAACGCAGUCGACGUUACAUCAAUGUAUAUUGAUUGACACAAUAUGGUGACUGAUAUGUAUUUGCUUUGCCAAAUUGUAAUAAUUGUAUUUUUCAAUUACUGAGCUAAAUAGACGGAACAUGGACGUAAGGUAAUGGUGUAUGUAAUUCAUUUACCUUUUACAUGUCCAUUUCUAUUUUGUUCAACUUGUUGAACUUAGUAGAUAUAACAUUACCGUCCAUUUAUGGUGUCUGCAAUUCAUUUACUUUUCAAUGGUUAAUUACUAUAGUGUUAAGUUUAUAAGCUUAGCAGAUGGAACAAUAACGUAUGUUAAUGGUGUCUGCAAUUUAUUAACUAUUCGCAUAAUAAUUACGAUAUUGUUCAAUUAUUGAAAUAAGAAGACGUAAUAUUAACGUAGGCUUAUGGUGUCUGCAAUUUAUUAACUUUUAUAAGUUAAUUACUCUAUUGUUCAAUUACUGAACGUAGUAGAUGGAACAUUAACGUAAGUUAAUGUUGUCUGCAAUUUAUUAACUGUUCCAAUAUUAAUUACGAUAUUGUUUACUUAUUGAAAUAAGAAGACGUAAUAUUAACGUAGGCUUAUGGUGUCUGCAAUUAAUUAACUUUUAUUAGUGAUAUACGCUAUUGUUCAAUUACUGAACGUAGUAGAUGGAACAUUAACGUAAGUUAAUGGUGUCUGCAAUUUAAUAACUAUUCGCAUAUCAAUUACGAUAUUGUUCACUUAAUGAACUAAGUAGACGUAAUAUUAACGUAGGCUUAUGGUGUCUGCAAUUUAUUAACUUUUUAUAAGUAAACAACGAUAUUGUUUACUUAUUUAACUACGAUGACGUAUUAUUAACGUAAGCUUAUUGUAUCUGCAAUUUAUUUACUUUUCAUAAUUAUUGCGUUUCGACUUGAGGGUGUUUUAAAAAAAGGCAAAGGUUUUUUAUUUCGAAAUAUGGCCAAAUUUUAACUGUCUGGGUCGCAAUCGUUUUCAAGUUUCAGAAUGAUGUAAGUGCUUUUUUAUUCAGUCUUAUACAGUUUAUAAAAGAAAGAUAUAACUUUAUUGGAUAAAGUCAAAUAUUCCCAAUAGUGAAUUAAAUAUCCAUGCUUUGGAAGCUUUCAAUCACCCUUAUUGUUUAUAGAAAUGUUGUAAAAUAUAAGUGCUGCAAGCAUGCUGUGUUAGUGACCUCUGAUAUAGACACAAUUCAUGGAUGAAGAAUUUGAAGUCUAUGUAUGGACGAUGUGUAAUUAUUCCGUUUUGUAUUGAGUGGAAUAGUGAGUUUUAAAUCUGUGUAUUGAUAGUGUGUAUUUACUAUUAGUGUGAUGGUGUUUAUUAACUCUGUGUUUGGGUGGCGUGUAAUAUCUUUAUGUGUGUAUGGUGUGAAUUUGUUCUAUGUAUGAAUGGUGUGUAAUAACUCUAUGUGUGGAUGGUGUGUAAUAACUCUUUGUAUUGAUAUUAUAUAAUAACUCUAUGCAUGAAUGGCUUGUAAAAAUAUAUUUUUGGAUGGUAUGUAAUAACUGGAUGUAUGGAUGGUUUAUAAUAUAUCUAUUAAGAUCGUGAUUGGAAACUCUAUAUUUGCAUGGUGUGUACAACUAUAUGUGUGGAUGGUGAGUUCUAACUCUAUAUAAGGGAUUAUGUUUGAUCACUCUAUGUAUGGACCGUGUGUAAUAACUUGCAUGGAAUCAUUGUAAUAAUCAUAUUUUAUGGUGUGUAAUAACGCUUUCAAAUGGAUGAUGUGUAAUAAUUUUAUGCGUGGGUGCUGGGUCACAGCUCUAUGUGUGUAUGGUGUGUAUUAUAACUAUAUGUAUGUAUGAUGCAUUCUUACUAUAUGUGUAGUAAAUGUAUGUAUGGAUAGUUAACAUUAACUCAAUGUUUGUAUGGUGUGUAAGAACUAUGUGUUUGGAUAAUGCAUUCUUACUAUAUGUUUGGAAUAUGUGUAAUAACUAUAUGUAUGGAUAGUUAACAUUACCUCUAUGUUUAUAUUGUGUGUAAGAACGAUUUAUAUGGAUGAUGCAUUCGAACUAAAAGUAUGGAUUGUUUGUAAUAAGUAUUUGUAUGGACGAUGUGUAGUAAAUGUAUGUAUGGAUAGUUAAAAUUAACUCAAUGUUUGUAUGGUGUGUAAGAACUAUGUGUAUGUAUGAUGCAUUCGAACUUUAUGUAUGGAUUGUUUGUAAUAAUCAUAUGUAUGGACGAUGUGUAGUAACUAUGUAUGGAGUGUGUGUAAUAAGUAUAUGUAUGGACGAUGUGUAGUAACUAUGUAUGGAGUGUGUGUAAUAAGUAUAUGUAUGGACGAUGUGUAGUAACUAUGAAGGGAGUGUGUGUAAUAAGUAUAUGUAUGGACGAUGUGUAGUAACUAUGUAGGGAGUGUGUGUAAUAAGUAUAUGUAUGGACGAUGUGUAGUAACUAUGUAUGGAGUGUGUGUAAUAAGUAUAUGUAUGGACGAUGUGUAGUAACUAUGUAUGGAGUGUGUGUAAUAAGUAUAUGUAUGGACGAUGUGUGAUAACUAUGUAUGGAGUGUGUAAUAAGUAUAUGUAUGGACGAUGUGUAGUAACUAUGAAGGGCGUGUGUGUAAUAAGUAUAUGUAUGGACGAUGUGUAGUAACUAUGUAUGGAGUGUGUGUAAUAAGUAUAUGUAUGGACGAUGUGUAGUAACUAUGUAGGGAGUGUGUGUAAUUACCAUAUGUAUGGACGAUGUAUAGUAACUAUGUAUGGAGUGUGUGUAAUAAGUAUAUGUAUGGACGAUGUGUAGUAACUAUGUAUGGAGUGUGUGUAAUAAGUAUAUGUACGGACCAUGUGUAGUAACUAUGUAUGGAGUGUGUGUAAUAAGUAUGUGUACGGACGAUGUGUAGUAACUAUGUAGGGAGUGUAUGUAAUAAGUAUAUGUAAGGACGAUGUGUAGUAACUAUGUAUUGAGUGUGUGUAAUAAGUAUAUGUACGGACGAUGUGUAGUAACUAUGUAUUGAGUGUGUGUAAUAAGUAUAUGUAUUGACGAUGUGUAGUAACUAUGAUUUGAGUGUGUGUAAUACCUAUAUGUAAAGACGAUGUGUGAUAACUAUGUAUGGAGUGUGUGUUAUAAGUAUAUGUACGGACGAUGUGAAGUAACUAUAUAUGGAGUGUGUGUAAUAAGUAUGUGUACGGACGAUGUGUAGUAACUAUGUAUGGAGUGUGUGUAAUAAGUAUAUGUUCGGACGAUGUGUAGUAACUAUGUAUUGAGUGUGUGUAAUAAUUAUAUAUAAGGACAAUGUGUAGUACCUAUGUAUUGAGUGUGUGUAAUAAGUAUAUGUACGGACGAUGUGUAGUUACUAUGUAUUGAGUGUGUGUAAUAAGUAUAUGUAAGGACGAUGUGUGAUAACUAUGUAUGGAGUGUGUGUAAUAAGUAUAUGUAUGGACGAUGUGUAGUUACUAUGUAGGGAGUGUGUGUAAUAAGUAUAUGUAAGGACGAUCUGUAAUAACUAUGUAUGGAGUGUGUGUAAUAAGUAUAUGUAAGGACGAUGUGUAGUAACUAUGUAUGGAGUGUGUGUAAUAAGUAUAUGUACGGACGAUGUGAAGUAACUAUGUAUGGAUUGUGUGUAAUAAGUAUAUGUAAGGACGAUGUGUAGUAACUAUGUAGGGCGUGUGUGUAAUAAGUAUAUGUACGGACGAUCUGUAGUAACUAUGUAUGGAGCGUGUGUAAUAAGUAUAUAUAAGGACGAUGUGUAGUAGCUAUGUAGGGCGUGUGUGUAAUAAGUAUAUGUACGGACGAUGUUUAGUAACUAUUCAUGGAGUGUGUGUACUAAUAUGGCAAUACAGUGGAGUCGUAUUUUUACUGUAAAAUGAACAUAUCUAGUGCUGUUCAUAAAUAACUAUAUUUUGAUUAAAAUUUAAGCCAAUAAUUGAAUAGAUGUGUGUAUGAUAUAUAUACUGUUUUAAGAGAUUGAACAAAUGUGUUUAUAUAGUGUGUUUUGCUACUAGAGAUUGAGUCAAUGUGUGUAUUUGAUAUACAUUGCUAUGAUAGAUUGAAUAAAUGUCUG